AUGAGAAGGGUCACGUUGCUCUGCCUCCUAGUCAUCUCCUGUCAAGCAUACAGUGAUCGUUAUGCGAAAGACUACGCGAGCAGAGACUACAGUGUUGAUGAACAAACGAUAAUCACCUAUCCACGAUCAGUGACUCACACCUUCCCGAAUCGUACACAAUGCCUUGAGUUAUGCGAACUACCAUGCACCAUCACUAAUGUCUACAUGGAGAAUCGGAACAUUGAGAUGUAUAACUGUGUGAAACUCCGCCCACCAAAGGUGUCGAUGCUGGGCUCGAUUAAGGCGAACUCAUUCUACAUGACGUUGCUCGUGUUGGGGGUGAUCACACUCGCCAUUGUGCUCUUCAUAACGCUAUGUUUCUGUUGCUCAUAUUGCUGUCGACAACCUGUCGGAAGUCGGGGUUCAUCCAAAGAUGCGCUAAACCCGACCGAUGAUGGCGAAUUCAGAGAAUAUCUGACCGAACCUGACAGUGGUAAGAUUCGAAAAGAGCGUGACUUCUCAAGGAGGCCUCGUGCCGCCGCCGCACAUAUUGUCUGA